CCUCUAACACACUUUUAACUGGAGACAGAAGAGGAUCCAGCAAAAGACUUGGGAACAUGCAAGCAUCACAAGUGCUCAUUUACCUGGCUCUCUUUGGUGCACUUGCUCGAGUAGGUGGCAGAGAUGGUGCGCACGCGAACCUGACAGAUAUUAAGACGGAAUCGCUAGAAAAAGGGCCAGAUAGUGACUAUAACGUGUCCGAGUGUUCAGCUUGUAGGUGGAGGAAGGAGAAUAAGGCACUGAGACUGGAGUCUAUCAAAUCGCAAAUUCUGAGCAAACUGCGCCUCAAAGAAGCACCCAACAUUAGUCGGGAUACAGUGAACCAACUUUUACCGAAAGCCCCUCCUCUGCAACGGCUACUUGAUCAAUAUGAUAUCCAAGGGGAUGAUAAUAACGAUGCCUUAUUAGAAGAGGACGAUUAUCAUGCUACCACCGAAACUCUCAUCACCAUGGCCACGGAGCCUGAACCUAGUGUCCAAGUCGAUGACAAACCGAAAUGUUGUUCCUUCAAGAUCAGCCCCAAAAUGCAGUUUAAUAAAGUAGUCAAAGCCCAUCUCUGGAUAUACCUGCGGCCAGUGAAACAAACCACAACGGUUUUUAUGCAGAUUCUACGACUAAAGCCAGUGGGGCAGGAAUGGACGAAUCACACACCAAUUCGCUCUUUAAAAUUCGACAUUAACUCUGGCACUGGCCAUUGGCAAAGUAUAGACUUCAAACGCGUACUACAAAACUGGCUCAAACAACCCGAAUCGAACUGGGGCAUCCAAAUCAAUGCAUCUGAUAUCAACGGACUCGACCUGGCUGUCACCUCCCCGGGAGUGGGGGAGGAAGGAUUGCAACCGUUUCUCGAAGUAAAGGUGACAGAAACAUCAAAACGAUCCAGAAGGAAUCUUGGGCUUGACUGUGAUGAGCACUCGACUGAAUCGCGCUGCUGUCGUUAUCCCCUCACUGUAGACUUUGAGGCUUUCGGUUGGGACUGGAUUAUAGCGCCCAAGAGAUACAAAGCCAAUUACUGCUCAGGACAAUGCGAGUACAUGUUCCUGCAAAAAUUCCCCCACACCCACCUUGUACAACAGGCCAACCCUAGGGGUUCGGCGGGACCCUGCUGCACCCCGACGAAGAUGUCGCCUAUAAAUAUGUUAUAUUUUAACGGAAGAGAACAAAUCAUCUAUGGAAAAAUCCCAGCGAUGGUAGUGGAUCGUUGUGGCUGUUCCUGA